AUGUGGAAGUUCAAACCAUUUGCUCAGAAAGAACCUGCGGGUCUCGAAGGUCGGUAUCUCGAGAUAGGAAGCCUUAAAGUCCAUGUAAGAAACGUCAUUGCGGAAGGAGGUUUCUCCAGCGUUUACUUAGCUCAAGAUACAAACCACGCGUCAAAGCAGUACGCUUUGAAGCACAUCAUAUGCAACGACGAGGAGUCGCUUGAGCUUGUGAUGAAAGAGAUAUCUGUCCUGAAAUCUCUGAAAGGACAUCCCAAUGUCGUCACGCUGUACGCACAUGGUAUCUUAGAUAUGGGGAGGAACAAAAAGGAAGCUCUUUUGGCUAUGGAGUUUUGUGGGAAAUCUCUUGUGGAAGUGCUUGAGAACAGAGGUGCUGGUUACUUUGAAGAGAAACAGGCUCUUUUGAUUUUCAGAGAUGUGUGUAAUGCUGUCUUUGCGAUGCAUUCUCUAUCCCCACGCAUUGCUCACAGAGACUUGAAGGCAGAGAAUCUUCUAUUGAGCUCAGAUGGACUGUGGAAGUUAUGUGAUUUCGGAAGCGUUUCAACAAAUCACAAGAUAUUUGAAAGAGCAGAAGAGAUGGGAAUUGAAGAAGACAAUAUUAGGAAACACACAACACCAGCAUAUAGAGCUCCUGAGAUGUGGGAUCUCUUCCGAAGGGAGAUUAUAAGUGAGAAGGUCGACAUAUGGGCUCUUGGAUGUCUUUUGUUUCGGAUAUGCUAUUUCAAGAGUGCAUUUGAUGGAGAAUCAAAGCUUCAGGUUUUAAACGGGAACUAUCGUAUACCUGAAUCUCCCAAGUACAGUUCCUCUGUUACGGAUCUCAUUAGAGACAUGCUUCAAGGUUCACCUGAUGAACGACCAGAUAUAACACAGAUUUGGUUUCGUGUCAACGAGCAGCUACCUGCUAAUUUACAGAAAUCAUUACCUGAUCAACCACCUGAAAUGCAAUCUAAUGACGGCUCUCCAAAUCCAGCAAGCAGAUCUUCUCCAGCACCUCGUAGAAAUCCACCACCUCCACCAGAACAAGCUAGUGGAGGUCCUCUUGGUGCCUUUUGGGCGACACAGCAUGCUCAAACCUCUGUUGUGUCAGAAGACAACAAAAGUAUGCCUGUGUUUGAUGAACCAAACAGCAACACAUCUAAAAAGCCUAGUCCUGUGAGAGGAGAGGCUCGAGGCAAGGAUACAAGUCCUGCUGCAGCCAGUAACAUGGCAAGAGUGUCGAAGGACGAUGCUUUUAACUCGUUUGUUGCUGACUUUGAUACGGCGAAGUUUGAUAAUGGUAAUAAAAAUGCAAAGGAAGAGGCAUUGGAGGCUGAGAUAGAGAGGUUAAAAGAAGAGUUGAAGCAAACAAGUUCAGAGAAGGCUGAGAUUACUGCUAAGUUUGAAAAGCUUUCUGCUAUCUGCAGAUCCCAGAGGCAAGAGUUGCAGGAUCUCAAGCAAACACUUGCCUCUAAAUCUGCAUCAGCCUCACCAAGCAGAGACCUUUCACAAAACCAAACCUCUCCAGGGAUGCGUUCCGUGUCAUCAACUCCAUCGAGAGAUAGGGUUGGAGGAAGUGUUUGGGAUCUUCAGCAAACAGACAGAUCUGAUUGGUCAACGGGAAGCUCAGAUCCAAACUCAUGGCAACCUUUUAGCGAUGAACCGAAACCAGUGUUGGAAUCUGCAUCAAAGGGUAAUACCAUGAAUCAUUCUAUGAGAACCAAAAGUAAACCAGCUUCUUCAGCUCCUGCUGCUCCAGCAAGCCAAGGUUUUGAGCCAUGGGGGUUCGAGACAGAGUCUUUCAGAGCUGCUGCAACGUCUUCAGCGUCUGCAACACCAAAAUCUGUAAGUUCUGGAAACACUUCACAGAGAUUUGGGAACACAAAGAUGAGAGAAAACCAGAAAGCUGCUCAACCUGCUGGCUGGGCUGGCUUUUAAAAACUCACUUUUCUCUCAAUGCUCAUUGCUAUUCCUCUUACAACAACAAUAGCCUCUUGCUUGUCAUUACAGAACCUUGAAUCUUUUUGUAGAUGAUCGACCAUCCUCUGUUUUUGUUCUGCUAUAUAUAUAUCCACUGUUUUUAUAGAUUGUUUAAACUGGUUUUUGCGGAAUAUAUCUCAUUUCUGAGCUGUGGCCAAGAUCCCGUCUGUUUAAAUUAUCAUGAUCUCGUAUUUGUGUUGUAAUCAUGUUAUGAUACGUAUUCAAACCUGAGAUUAAGUUUGAAAUGGUUAGUAUUAGUGA